AUGGGCGAUCCCAGCGCUUCACAGGACGCCGAACGCUUGUCGCGACUCGCCACUCGUCGGUCUGCCGCGACGUCGGCGAGGAAAUCACGAUGGUGGCGUAUCCAUUUCUUCCGCGGCAUGGUCCACGACAUUAAGAGGAGGGCUCCGUUCUUCAUGAGCGAUUGGACCGACGCAUGGGACUAUCGAGUGGUUCCGGCGACGGUGUAUAUGUUCUUUGCCAACAUCCUGCCGGCCCUGGCCUUCUCGUUGGAUAUGUUUGAGAAAACCCACCAGAACUAUGGUGUGAACGAAGUCCUCCUCGCAUCAGUGCUGGGCGCAGUGGUGUUUUCCUUGUUCGCUGCACAGCCGCUUGUCAUUGUCGGUGUCACUGGUCCGAUCACGGUCUUCAACUACACGGUUUACGAUAUCAUCGCACCGCGAGGCACCAAUUACUUGGGCUUCAUGGCAUGGAUAGGCAUCUGGUCACUGAUUAUGCACUGGAUCAUCGCCAUCACCAACAUGUGCAAUGGAUUGACAUAUGUCACCCGUUUCUCAUGCGACAUCUUCGGGUUCUAUGUCGCGUUCGUCUAUCUCCAGAAGGGAAUCCAGGUCCUUACCCGGCAGUGGGGAUCAGACGGGGAGACAUCCGCGUAUCUCAGCAUCAUGGUCGCAUUGCUAGUUCUCAUGAGCGGUUGGGUCUGCGGUGAAAUCGGCAAAAGCAGCCUCUUCCAUCGCUGGGUUCGCAAGUUCAUCGAAGACUACGGCACCGUACUGACCAUCGUCUUCUUCACGGGCUUUGUUCACUUCGGACACAUGCGUGAUGUGAGCGUCUCGACUCUUCCGAUCAGCAAAUCCUUCUUUCCCACCGCGGACCGUGGCUGGCUGGUGCGCUUCUGGGAUCUCAGCGUCGGCGAUAUCUUCCUGGCUAUCCCGUUCGCAUUGCUGUUGACGAUCCUAUUUUACUUUGACCACAACGUCUCCUCGCUCAUCGCACAAGGCAGCGAAUUUCCCCUGCGGAAGCCCGCCGGAUUCCACUGGGACAUGUUCCUCCUGGGGAUCACGACAGGAGUGGCAGGCAUCCUGGGCCUCCCCGCGCCGAACGGACUGAUCCCGCAAGCGCCCUUCCACACCGCGGCGCUAUGCGUGACCCGGCACGUCGCGGACGAGAACGACGAAAACAAGGGCAAAGUGGUGCGAGUGAUAGACCACGUCGUCGAGCAGCGGUUCAGCAAUCUAGCGCAGGGAAUCAUGACGCUCGGCACCAUGUCCGGGCCCCUGCUCAUUGUCAUCCAUCUGAUCCCGCAGGGCGUCCUAGCCGGCCUCUUCUUCGUCAUGGGCGUCCAAGCCCUGGAGGGCAACGGCAUUACCCAGAAGCUGAUUUUCCUGGCCCAAGAACACGGGUUCACCGCUUCGUCGCACCCCCUGAAGCGUUUGGACCGUCGCUGGUCCAUCUGGCUGUUUGUCAUUAUUGAGCUGAUCGGCUUCGGUGGCACCUUUGCCAUCACCCAGACUAUCGCUGCGAUUGGCUUCCCGGUCAUUAUCUUGUUGCUUAUUCCCGUCCGCGCGUUCUUGUUUCCGUGGCUUUUCACCCCGGAGGAACUGAACGCGCUGGACGCUCCCACGGCUAGUCCGUUUACCAUGGAGAGUGUGGGUGGCGUGCAUGGCUACGACGAGGAUUUAUCGACCGCGUAUGAUCGUCCGGCCAUGACGGAUGAGAUGGGUCCCACCGGGGGCACCGACAACCGCAGCAGUGGGAGACCGGGAAAUUCGCAGGGCGAGAACGACCUCGAACGAGGCGAGUUCCUCGAGCCCCAGGACGAGUCGGCUGCUCGGAGACGGAAGAAUGAUUCGUCUGUGUAA